AACUUCCCCUCAGUCCUGCUUUGUGAUGGGGCGGUGAGGAUGCCAAAGCACGGGAAUCUUAACAUUUAUCCCUUUAAGUUCUCUGGUUUAGUUAGAUAACUUUGUUGCCAUGUUGCGGGUCGUGGUAGAGUCGGCCAAAGGUCUGCCUAAAAAGAAACUUGGAACUCCUGAUCCUAUUGCCUCUGUGAUAUUUAAAGAGGAGAAGAAGAAAACCAAAUUCAUCGACAGUGAGGUCAAUCCUGUAUGGAACGAGUUGCUUGAAUUCGACCUGAAGGGCUCUGCCCUGGACUCCAGCUCCUACAUUGAUGUAAUUGUGAAAGACUAUGAAACCAUUGGGAAAGACAAAUUCCUUGGGUCAGCUAAAAUCUUUUUAAGGGAACUCGCCUCAGGUCAAGUGAAGUCACUCCCAUCGAAAAAUGUUCCUUUGGUCAAUGAAAGUGGACAGAAUAUUGGAGCUACAAUCAACCUUGUGAUUGCCUACAAUGCUCCAGCCAAUGCUGCACCAAACCCUAAUGAUCCUCAGGCUGGAGAUGCUGAACUGGAUGGCGGAGGCAGUGGUGGCGCUGGUGGUGAUGGAGGUGAUGGGAUGUCACCAGAUGGGGGCCAAAUUGGCUCUGCAGGCUUCUCCUCAUCCUCUGGUCAGCCUGUUAACUUCCGCCAGAGGCUCUCUAGGUCACAGAAUCGCCACCGGCUUGUUAAUAAACCCCAGGACUUCCAGAUUCGUGUCCGAAUCAUCGAGGCCCGUCAGUUGUCUGGCAACAACAUCAAACCAGUGGUGAAGGUUCAUGUGUGUGGACAGACUCACAGGACAAGAAUCAGGACGGGAAACAACCCGUUCUUUGAUGAGAUGUUCUUCUACAACGUCCACAUGCUACCAACAGAUCUGUUCGACCAGAACAUCAGCUUCCGGGUGUACAACUCGUACUCACUGAGGGCUGACAGCCUCAUGGGAGAAUUCAAGCUGGACGUUGGUUACGUUUAUGAUGAACCAGCCCACUCUGUGAUGAGGAAGUGGCUCCUGAUGAAUGACCCAGAUGACAGCAGCUCUGGGGCCAAAGGCUACCUCAAAGUCAGCCUCUUCAUCAUUGGGACUGGAGAUGAGCCUCCGGUGGAAAAGAGGGAUCCUAACGACGACCAGGAUGAUAUAGAGAGCAACAUGCUGCUGCCAGCGGGCGUUACCCUGCGGUGGGCCACCCUGUCGCUGAAGGUGUUCAGAGCUGAGGAUGUUCCCCAGAUGGAUGAUGCAUUUGUCCAGACCUUGAAAGAAAUGUUUGGAGGAGAAGAGAACAAGAAGAACUUGGUGGAUCCAUUUGUAGAAGCUUGCUUUGCUGGCAAAAAGCUGUGCACUCAGAUCAUUGAGAAGAAUGCAAACCCUGAGUGGAACCAAGUUCUUAACCUUCAAAUCAAGUUCCCCUCCAUGUGUGAGCGUGUCAAACUGACAGUCUUCGACUGGGAUCGACUGACAGGAAAUGAUGCCAUUGGCACCACAUACCUGAACCUGGCCAAGAUUGCCUCCUCUGGUGGAGAAAUAGAAGCGGAACACGCAGGAGAUUUGGAAAUACCAUCAUACGAAGCUAACUCAGGGGAGUCUGAGGUGGGUUUCCUGCCUGUGUUUGGGCCUUGCUAUGUCAACCUGUAUGGCAGCCCCAGAGAGUUCACUGGCUUGCCGGACCCCUAUGAGGACCUCAAUUUUGGCAAGGGAGAAGGAGUGGCGUACAGGGGCAGGAUUCUUGUCGAGCUGUCCACUAAACUGGAGGGAAAAGCAGAUAAAACAGUAGACAGCAUACACAGUGAUGACAUCUUGGUGGUACAGAAGUACCAGAGGCGGAGAAAAUACUGUCUGUGUGCAGUCUUCCACAGCGCCUCCAUGAUUCAGGACCCCGGAGAACCAAUCCAGUUUGAGGUCAGCAUCGGUAACUACGGCAACAAACUGGACACCACCUGCAAACCGCUGGCCUCCACUACACAGUACAGCUGCGCUAUAUUUGAUGGUAACCACUACUACUACCUGCCCUGGGCGGACACUAAGCCAGUUGUUGUAGUUACCUCAUUUUGGGAGGACAUCAGCCACCGCACGGACUCGGUCAACAUUAUCCUUUACAUUACUCAACACCUGAAAUCCAACCUGGAGGCAUUUAAAACAGCCAUGUCGGCAAAAUUCUCCGAGGACCAACUGACCGAAGUGUGGCUGAAGUUGCUCAAUCAGCUGAUUGAAGACUUGGAGAGUUUCCCAACACCUGAGCUGGAGGGCCACUCUAACCUGACAACUCUAGACAUGCAAAUCAAGAAGCUGCGAGACAGUGCUUUGGCAACCAUCAAGGAGGGAGCUCGACGAAUGAGAGAGGAAGCCACAGAGAUCAAGGACACUCUGUCUGACAUAGAGUCCUGGAUAGAAAAACUUCAACAGCUGGCGGAGGAGCCCCAGAACAGCUUGCCUGAUGUGAUUAUCUGGAUGCUACGAGGUGAGAAGAGGGUGGCCUACAGUCGUAUCCCAGCUCACCAAAUCCUCUAUUCCACAUACAGUGAGCAGGCCUGUGGACGGCACUGUGGCAAAACACAGACUAUCUUUCUAAAGUAUCCCAUGGACAAGACCAACGGCCUGAAGGUGCCGGUCCAGAUCAGAGUCAACAUGUGGCUGGGUUUGUCUACACAUGAGAAAAAGUUCAACUCAUUCUCUGAGGGAACCUUCAGUGUGUUUGCCGAGCUGUACGAAAACCAGGCCAAAAUCAUUGGGAAGUGGGGGACUACAGGACUAGUGGGGCGCUAUAAAUUCUCAGAUGUAACGGGCAAACUGAAGCUGAAACAGGAGCACUUCAUACCACCCAGAGGAUGGGAGUGGGAGUCUGACUGGUUCGUUGACCCAGAAAAAGCUUUGCUAACAGAGGCAGAUGCGGGACACAAUGAAUUCAUGGAUGAGGUUUUCCAGAAUGAGACACGCUUCCCUGGUGGAGAAUGGAAGGCUGCCUCCGAGCCCUACACCGACGUGAAUGGGGAGAAGAGCCGCAACCCCGCAGAGUUUGAUUGUCCGGCGGGUUGGAGAUGGGAGGACAACUGGACCGUAGAUGACAACAGAGCUGUGGAUGAUCAAGGCUGGGAGUACGGAGUGACCAUCCCUCCAGAUGACAAGCCCCGGUCCUGGGUCCCUGCAGAGAAGGUAUACCACGUCCACCGCAGGAGGAGGCUGGUCCGACCUCGCAAGAGAGCUGCCCUCCCUGCAGGAACAGCGGUGGAGAGGAGGGACCAAGGUGACCCAGAGGGCUGGGAAUUCUCUUCUCUGAUUGGCUGGAAAUUUCACAGACAGGAGCGUUCAUCGGAUCAGUUUCGGCGUAGGCGCUGGAGGAGAAAGAUGGCGCCAGAAGAUCGCCUUGGAGCAUCCGCCAUCUUUCAGCUGGAGGGGGCACUAGGUGUUGAUACAGAAGAGAAGGAGAAGGGCUCCAAGUCUGUCACCAAGAUGUUUGGUGCCAACACACCCACUGUGUCCUGCUCCUUUGACAGACCGUUUACCUACCACCUCCGUGUGUAUGUCUAUCAGGCACGGAAUAUAACAUCUAUGGACAAAGACAGUUUUUCUGAUCCAUACGCGCACGUCUCCUUCCUGCACGUCAGCAAGACAACAGAGAAGCUCAGAUCGACGCUGAACCCAACCUGGGACCAAACCCUGAUUUUCAAUGAUGUGCAGAUUUAUGGAGACCCUCAGAACAUUGCCAGCAAUCCUCCUGAUGUUGUCAUGGAGUUCUACGACUAUGACCAAGUGGGUAAGGAUGAGAUGCUGGGCCGCAGUGUUUGCACCCCAAUGAUAAAGCUGAAUCCUGGCAUGGAUGAGACGCCCAAGCUGCUGUGGCAUCCCAUCUUCCAGAAGGGGCAGAAGGCGGGAGAGGCACUUGUGGCCGCUGAGCUCAUUCUAAAUGACAAGGCAGGUGACCAAAAUCUUCCUCUGGUUCCCCCAAUGAGAGCAGAGAACCUCUACAUGGUUCCUCAGGGCAUCCGGCCUGUUGUGCAGCUCACUGCCGUGGAGAUUCUUGCAUGGGGUCUGAGAAACAUGAAGACAUACCAGCUGGCCUCGGUGUCGUCGCCCAGCCUUGUGGUGGAGUGUGGGGGGCAGAGGGUGGAGUCAGCAGUCAUCAAGAACAUGAAAAGGAACCCCAACUUCCCCAGCUCCGUCCUCUUCAUCAAAGUGCUCCUUCCAAAGAAUGAGAUGUAUACGCCUCCCAUCGUGCUGAAGGUGAUCGACCACCGUCCAUUUGGCAGGAAGCCUGUGGUAGGCCAAUGCACCAUCUCUUCUCUGGAGGAGUUCAGAUGUGACCCGUACGUCAUCACUGCAGAGGGAGCCAUGUCUUCUAAAAUGGCUCUGAUGAUGGCCUCACCUCCCUCACACGUCUCUAUUACCAUGGAUGAAUCGAGGCCUCUGCUAGAAGCUCAGUUCAUUCACAGCAUGUCAACCGCUCUCAACAAAAUGGCUACUCCUUCCUCCCACUUUCUUGCAGAGAAGGAAAAGGAGACAGUUGAUUGGUGGAGUAAAUUUUACGCUUCCACUGGUGACCAAGAGAAAUGUCGCCCUUACGUCAAGAAAGGAUAUGAUACCCUGACAGUCUACGAAUGCGAAUUAGAGGAUGUCAAAGACUUCAAAGGGCUGACGGAUUUCUGCAACACCUUCAAACUGCUGAGAGGCAAGAAUGAAAAUGGAGAUGAUGACCCCAGUGUGGUUGGAGAGCUCAAGGGUUCAUUCAAGGUUUACCCCCUGCCAGACGACCCCGGAGUUUCUCCUCCACCCCGACAGUUCAGAGAGUUACCAGACAGUGGACCUCAGGAAUGUCUGGUCAGGAUUUACGUGGUCCGGGCCAUCGACCUUCAGCCCAAAGACAAUAACGGCAUGUGUGACCCAUACAUAAAAAUAUCACUAGGAAAAAAGACAAUUGAUGACAGAGAUCAUUACUUACCCAACACCAUCAACCCCGUGUUUGGAAGGAUGUUCGAGAUGACGUGUUUCCUGCCCCAGGAUAAGGACCUGAAAAUCUCGGUCUAUGAUUAUGACCAACUGAGCCGUGACGAGAAGGUCGGCGAGACGGUGAUUGACCUGGAGAACCGCUUCCUGUCUAGAUACAACUCUUACUGCGGUCUUCCGCAAACCUACUGCAUUUCCGGUGUCAACCAGUGGAGGGAUCAGCUGAAGCCGUCUCAGAUCCUUGAGAACCUGGCUCGUAUGAAAGGGCUAUCCAAACCCAGGACCGAAGAUAACGGCACCUCACUUACCUUCAAUGGAAAAGACUACACACUGGCUGAGUUUGAGAACAACAAAAAAAUUCAUCAGCACUUGGGUCCAGCUCAUGAACGACUCUGUCUGCACGUGCUCAGAACACAAGGACUUGUCCCCGAACAUGUGGAGACCAGGACCCUUUACAGCACCUUCCAGCCCAAUCUUUCUCAGGGACAACUUCAGAUGUGGGUGGAUGUUUUCCCCAAAGCCAUUGGAGUACCUGGACCUCCCUUUGACAUCACACCACGCAAGCCCAAAAAGUAUUUUCUGCGUGUUGUCAUCUGGAACACCACAGAUGUGACUUUGGAUGAGACCAGCAUCACUGGAGAACGCAUGAGUGACAUCUAUGUGAAAGGCUGGAUGCCAGGAAUGGAGGAGGACAAGCAGAAGACAGAUGUCCACUAUAGGUCUCUGGAUGGAGAUGGCAACUUUAACUGGCGCUACGUCUUUGGCUUUGACUACCUGCCAACUGAACAGCUUUGCCUCGUGUCCAAGAAAGAACAUUUCUGGAGUCUUGACAAAACAGAGUUCAGGAUUCCCCCCAAGCUGAUCGUUCAGGUCUGGGAUAACGACAAAUUUUCACUGGAUGAUUACCUAGGUGCGCUGGAGCUGGAUUUGCGUAACCUGGUGGCUCCUACAAAGACUCCAGAGAAGUGCUCUCUGGACAUGAUGGAGUUUGAGGGAAACGCUCCGCAGAAGGCAGAUGAUAGCAAGUCUCUGUUUGCUCAGCAGUCAGUCAGAGGCUGGUGGCCUUGUUCCAUCGAACAGGAUGGGAAGAAGGUCCUGGGUGGCAAAGUGGAGAUGACACUGGAAAUUGUCAGUGAAACUGAUGCAGAUGAGAGACCUGCUGGAAAAGGACGAGAUGAACCCAACAUGAACCCCAAGUUGGACCCACCCAAGCGCCCAGAAACAUCCUUCUUUUGGUUCACAAAUCCAUGUAAGACCAUGAAGUUCAUUCUGUGGAGAAAGUUUAGGUGCCUCUUCAUCGGCCUCAUCAUCCUCACCAUAGUGCUCCUCUUCGUCGCCAUCCUGUUGUACUCUUUACCGAACUACAUCUCAAUGAAGAUUGUAAAGCCGCUCCAAUAGCUCUUCACUAGAGGAGCAGUGGAAGCUGAACGCCAAGGACAUUUCAGUACUUCCAUUUGACUGGACAUGAAUACUGGCAGAACAUAUCUACAAAUGUUUUUAAUGUUUUAUAAUGUCUGUAGUAUUUUUUAAUGGUAACGGGAGUUGCACAUUUGCACUGUGGCAACAUAAGGACUUGUGAUUACCAGAACGUUUGUGGUUAGCUCGCCAGAGAACUCAAACCACUGCACACUGUGAUGCAAUCUAAUACAACACUCCUAUAAUAAAUGUUGUGCUUAAGGUGCUGCCGGGGCAAUAUUAAGGCGGUAUUUAGUGGUUAUGGUGUACUGGGUUUUACUAUUGAAAUGUUCUAGUAACUAUGCACUGUAUGUAAAAGACACUAACUUGUUAUAGGUAUCACUAAGGUCACUACUCUAUGUUAUCACGAAGGUCUUCUUUGCACAGCUGUUGUAUUAGAUUGCAUUACUUAUUUUACCUUAAAUAUGCCAAAUACUUGUGACAAAUUUCAGUACUGUCUGUCUUGUAUAUGUCAUUCUCACAACAAAAUGCAUAAUAUUAAAAAUGUAAAACAUA